UUGGUUAACAGGUUAAGGAGUUUGAGCCUUUGGUGGGUGGAGUCUGCGAUAGAUCGUCAGUUAUGCGUGAACAGGGGGAGGUGGCAGCGGUGUAGGUGGAGUUUCUCUUGUGUUGAUUAGUCAGCUGAGCGGAGAGCUUGGAGCCUGCGUUUUGGACGGAGAAUGUGCAGAGCAGGAACCUGAACGAAAGAGUUCAGCAAGAACGUUUAAUUCUGUUCGGGGAUUUCAGCUGGAGCCUUGCAGUGAUACAAAAUUACGUUUCAUUAAGUGUGUUCUUUCCAGCAGACGUCGGACUGUGAGGUAAGAGUUGAGUGGUCCAGUGGUUAAAGAAAAAGGCUUGUAACCAGGAGGUCCCCGGUUCAAAUCCCACCUCAGCCACUGACUCAUUGUGUGACCCUGAGCAAGUCACUUAACCUCCUUGUGUUCCGUCUUUCAGGUUUUUGGUUGGUGUCUAAAAAGUGGAUGUAAUUUCUUACAAAGAAUUCGUGAGAACACAAAAUGGCUUUAGCUGGCUGUCCGGACUAUUUUCUACACCAUCCAAACUACCAGGUGUGCCAGGACAAUGUAGACCGGGCUUCAGAUCACAGGCCAACAGAUAUGAUUGGUCAAGGUUUCCAGCAGUCCUCUAAUCAGAAUUCUCAAAAUCAUCAAGAUGACGAUGUUGACCUGGAAGCUUUGGUAAAUGACAUGAACUCAUCCUUUGAAAGCCUGUACUCAACAUGCAGCACCCAGUCAGAAUCGGCACCACUUCUUCAAAAUGGUCAGUUUAUCCGCAGCCACAUACAGACCUCAGGAAUAGCCCCUAUGCAGCCCACAUCCCCGCAACAGAAGGUGCGGCGCUCCCAGCCAGUGCAUAUUCUUGCAGUCAGAAGACUUCAGGAAAAGGAACAGCAGCUCCGUACAUCAUCCCUGCCAGCCAUCCCAAAUCCCUUUCCUGAGCUGUGCAGUCCGGCCAGCUCACCUGUCCUGUCCCCUGGAUCUUUACCUCAGGACCAGCCUUCCGACAAAAAUAUUAUUAAAGUUUGUAGCGAAAACGGCACGAGCAAAGUAGUAGAGAUUCCAGCAGACAUGACUGCCCGAGACCUCUGCCAGCUGCUGGUGUAUAAAAGCCAUUGUGUGGAUGACAGCAGCUGGUCACUUGUCGAAUACCACCCUCAUCUUGGGCUAGAUAGAAGUUUGGAAGACCAUGAGCAUGUGGUUCAAGUCCAGUCUACAAUGGCAAGUGAGAGCAAAUUUGUGUUCAGGAAGAACUAUGCCAAAUACGAAUUUUUUAAAAAUCCUGCGAACUUUUUUCCAGAGCAGAUGGUAGCAUGGUGCCAAGAAACCAACAGCACUAUUCCAUCGUCACAGCUCUUACAGAACUUCUUAAACUCCAGCAGUUGUCCUGAAAUUCAGGGUUUCUUGCAUGUCAAAGAAUUGGGAAGGAAAUCCUGGAAGAAGCUAUAUGUGUUUUUAAGAAGGUCAGGGCUAUAUUGCUCUACAAAAGGAAACUCUAAGGAACCUAGGCAUUUGCAGUUACUAGCUGAUCUUGAGGACAGCAACAUCUUCUCAGUUAUUACCAGCAAGAAGCUGUACAAUGCACCAACAGACUUUGGGUUCUGUAUAAAGCCCAACAAAGCAAGGCAUGAAACAAAAGAGCUGAGGUUGUUAUGUGCUGAAGAUGAGCAGAGCAGGACCUGCUGGAUAACAGUAUUCCGAGUCUUCAAAUAUGGAAUAUUGCUGUAUCAGAACUACAAAAUUCCUCAACAGGGAAAAUCUUUACUGUCACACUUCAUAACGCCAGUGAGAAGUGUAUCCGAAAACUCUCUGGUAGCCAUGGACUUCUCAGGAAGAAUAGGAAGAGUCAUUGAUAACCCAGUUGAAGCACAGAGCGCAGCCAUGGAGGAGGGUCAUGUCUGGCGGAAACGAAGUCAGCGUAUGAAUAUCCUUGGAAGCCCAAGCCCCCUACAUCCCAAUGCACUAAACACAGUCAUUCACAGAACACAUCCAUGGUUUCAUGGGAGGAUCGCUCGAGAAGACUCUCAUAGAAUGAUCAUACAACAAGGGCUAGUUGAUGGGAUUUUCCUUUUGAGGGACAGUCAAAGUAAUCCAAAGGCAUUUGUACUUACUCUGUGCCAUCAUCAGAAAAUUAAACAUUUCCAGAUCUUACCUUGUGAAGAGGAUGGACAGAUCUUCUUAAGCCUUGAUGACGGAAGUACCAAAUUCAGUGACCUUAUUCAGCUUGUCGAGUUUUACCAGCUAAACCGAGGAGUUCUACCAUGCAAACUCAAGCACCACUGCACAAUAGUGGCCUUAUGACCUUUGACUUGACUUUGCCUAAAGACUGGAUUUAUGAAACCAUGAUUAUUAUUUUUUUUUUGUGAUAAGCUGUUGAAGAAUCUGUGGAUCAGAGGCCGAUCUGAGACCUUCAGUAAUCUGUGAUUUAGGAUACUAAUGACCAUGUCGUCAUCAUCAAAGAUUGCUUUUUUUUUUUUUUUUUAACUUGACAAUAAUCGACUGGCAAAUGGAGCACAUUUUAAUGAUCAUGGUUUGGAACUUCAUUGUAUGACCCAAGAGCUUGAGUGUUUUUUAUUUUGUCACAUUUUCUUGCACAAUCAACUGGAAAUGAUCAUCAGGCUGGGAUACUAAAAAUAAAAUAAAAAAAGCAUGAAGAGAGUUGUUUUUGAAAUAUAUAUUUUCCCCUGGAAUAUUCUUCACAUUAGCAAAUGUCUGUUUACUAAGACUUUUUUUUAGGGUUUUAUUUUUUGCACUCCAGAACUAAACACAACCUUUAUCAGCUAAUGUAACAAUGCAACUCCUCCAGCACCUUUUUUUUUUUUUCUAAACCUAAAGCUGCUGUGAGAAGGGCUUCAGAUUAUAAGAGAACCUGGCCAUGAAAAGUUCCAGCCGGGACUAAUCUGUGGGAAAUGUUCUACAAACACCUAACAUCAUGCAGCCAUAUUAAGUGUUUAGUAAAGCAGUGGAAUAACAAAAAGGAAAUGCUCUGUGACAACAAAUUGCAGUUUUUGUUUUUAUUUACAAGCAACUCAAGAAGCACAAAACCAAGAGUAAUGUCAUGAAGCAAGCCAUGACUCACUGCAGCUGUUAGCUUCCCGGUUCAGUGGCCAUUCAGACAAUGCAGAAUUAAGCCCCUUUCACGCUGGCAUGUUCUACCCGGGUCAGGACCCGGUGUCAUGCGGGUCGGGUACGCGAUUUCACACUGCUUUUGAUAAAGCAGGGUUGAUCUGGGGUGACAGAUGCAAGUAAACAAUGUGUUUAUCAAUGACCCGGAAACAGCUUGUUACUUACGCUUCCAUCCAAGCAUCUCCUGGAUUGAACCGUCGGCCCAAAUGUUGAUUAGAGCAAAUGUUUCUUCAUCCCUGCUGCAAUCUGGCUCAUGGUGUGUCUCAAGCAACAAAUAUGGCUUAACAGAAUAAACAAAAACAUUCCUUGCGGAAGUGAAACUUUCACCUCAGGCAUGGCUGUUUGUUAUUGCGUCAGCUCACAAACGGUCGUCAAGCAUUUUGUCUCGCUCAGGACGGGUCAAAGCGUGUCACUGGGUCCCGGGUACGUGGUUUCACACUACACGGGUGUGACCCGGUUAGACAGGACCCUGUUCCGGACCCGGGUAGGAGUGCCAGUGUGAAAGGGGCUUUAGUUACAAACCUACAUAUCCAAGCGUCCAUCUGAGUAUAUUAAUUCAGGGAUCGUUCGGAAGGCUGGUAUUGAGGUGACUGUUCCAAGUAAACCAGAAGACAGUUUCAGAAAGACAAUGCACAGUAUUCCAAAUAUGUUUGAUACAUUAACAUUUUGGCUCCACAAUCACUGUAAUUAAUAUAUAUAUAUAUA